GUUAAAAAUAAUAAAAAUACAAAGUCCAAAUCCCCAAAUGGUCAUUUUUGUCUAUUGCCCGGCAAAGUCGCGGCGGCAGCGAGUUUCGGAUCUGGAAUUUAUUAUCUGAAAAACUUCGAGGUGGAGCUUCGGGCCUGUCUACUUUGGGCGAACGACAGUGAACUGACGGGAAAGGCAGAGCUUCACGGACGAUGACCGGCGGACUUGUAGACCUGGGUUUUCGGAUGCGAGCCUGGCAGUGAACGGUGACUGGUGGGUCUGGGUUUUCGGAUUUGGACGGCGCCAGAAAGAUGUGAGUGAGCGGCAGAGGUAGAUUAAACGCAACCUAGAUGUUUGACUCCGAUACCAUAUAAAGGAAGAAUGAGAAUAGUAGGUCUGACUGGUGGGAUUUCCUCGGGGAAGAGCACUGUGUCCAAACUCUUCAAGGCCCACGACAUUCCUAUAGUUGAUGCUGACCUCAUAGCUCGUGAUGUGGUAGAGAAAGGAACUGGUGGCUGGAAGAAGGUUGUUUCAGCUUUCGGGGAGGACAUUUUACUAGCUAAUGGUGAAAUUGAUAGGCGAAAACUGGGACAAAUUGUUUUUGCUGAUCCUGCAAAGCGGAAACUUCUAAAUCAAUUAUUGGCUCCUUACAUAUCCUCUGGAAUCUUGUGGAAGAUUGUGAAGUUAUGGAUGAAAGGUUACAAGGUUAUAGUACUCGAUAUCCCCUUAUUAUUUGAAGCCAAGAUGGAUAGAUGGACAAAACCAACAAUUGUUGUAUGGGUGGAUCCUGAAACGCAGCUUCAACGACUCGUUGCAAGAGAUGGACAGAGCGACGAAGAUGCUCAGAGCAGAAUAAAUGCUCAAAUGGCAUUGGACCUUAAAAGGGAUAAGGCAGACAUUGUGAUUGACAACACUGGAUCUCUCGAUGACUUGAACGAACGGUUUCGGGAAGUGCUAUCUGAGGUUACAAAACCCUUGUCCUGGACUGAGUUCAUGCUUUCCGGACAAGGAGCGUUGUCAACUCUGGUUAUUGUCAUCAUCAGUGUUGUCACUUGCACAAAAAUUUACUACAGUGGAGUUUAGGUAUUUUCAUGGCCAUCCUUACCCUUAUUUUUGAAAAGAGUUAUCUUCCAUGACAAUCCCAUAUAAUUGCAUGAUCUGUGUUAUUGAUCUCCUUCAUAGAAUAAUGUACUAGGAAGUGAUAUCUUUGUUGGUUUAAAUGAAGUUUGUGUAUGAUACAAGGAUAAUAAGCACAUCUGCAACAGUUGGGUUAAGCUCAAAUUUAAAGCCACGCUCAAAAAAGAAAAAAGGUUUUGAGUGAAAUUUUUAUUGGCUAUCUUAGACCAA